AUGUCUCCUGCACAACUCUGUGUGAGCCAUUCAAGAUGGUUUUUCUCAAGAUCUUUUUUUCUCGCUACGUGUGUCCUUUUAAUGGGACAAACAAGCACAGAGAAAACACUGACGCUUGUUGUUAUGGUAUUUCGGCAUGGUGAUAGAAGCCCAACUAAGACGUAUCCUAAAGACAUGUAUCAUGAAGACUCUUGGCCUGAUGGCUUUGGACAGCUCACUGAGCUUGGUAUAGAGCAACACUAUGAGCUGGGGAUGUAUCUACGGAAGAGAUAUUCUGGAUUUCUGAAUGAAACCUAUAGCAGGCAUGAGGUUUAUGUGAGAAGCACAGAUAUGGAUCGUACAUUAAUGAGUGCCCAGGCAAACCUUGCUGGUCUAUAUCCACCUGUUGGCAAGCAAGUCUGGAACAAAAAUAUUACAUGGCGGCCAAUUCCAGUCCAUACAGUGCCCCUCUCAGAUGACCAUCUGCUUUCCAUGCCACUAAAAAACUGUCCUAAGUACUACAAACUUCAAAAUGAAACAUACAAAUCAAAAGAGUUUCACGAUCUUGUAAAUCCAUAUAAGGACUUUAUAAAUAGUUUACAAAAUGAAACUGGUUACUCCUCCAAGGAGUUGAAUGAAGCUUACAAGUGGUGGACAGUAUAUGAUGCACUGCUUUGUGAGCAAAUUCACAAUUAUACUCUGCCAGACUGGGCAACCAAGGAUGUUAUGGGCAAUCUGUCUAAGCUAUCUAACAUUGGUAUGUCAACACUUUAUGGAGUAUACAAACAUCAUGAGAAAUCCAGGCUACAAGGAGGUGUCCUUGUGAGUUCAAUUUUAAAAAAUAUUACAUAUGCUGCAACAAAACCAUCCAGCAAUCUAAAGUUAAUGAUGUAUUCUGGGCAUGACACCACAAUAGCUGCUCUCCAGAUGGCUCUGAAUGUAUCCAAUGGAAAAAUUCCUCCUUAUACUGCAUGCCAUAUUUUUGAACUUUACAAAGCUGCUGAUGGCGAAUACACUGUUGAAAUGUAUUACCGGAAUGACUCAUCGGUAGAUCCAUACUUGAUUACUUUACCCGGUUGCUCUUCAUCAUGUCCUUUGGCAAACUUUACUGAGCUGACAUCUUCAAUAAUUGUAGAAGACUGGGAGAAAGAAUGUGGAGCUGAGGUAGAUGAAAAUAAAGGCUCAGGUGCUGUUGUCAGACUGACCAUUGUUGUGGUCAUCUUGAGCAUCGUAGUCCUUGGUCUGCUGGUCCUAUUAUGCUACUGCAGGAAAACCUCAUCAAACUAUGAGACAGUGUGAAAACAGAACAGGCAGAUCUC